AAUAAACUAAUGAAAAAAAAAAGCCGACUUUCUCAAAUGGUUUUUGCCCUAUUGGCACUAGGUUUUGAAACGCCAAACCAAAGCAAAGCUUAGCAGUUAGCACGGCACGGCUGCAAGCAAGGCAAAAUGGAGAUGGACAUGGCCAUGGAAACCCAGAAUCCUUUUGAAGUAGACCUGGGAAAUCUGUUGGCUUUUAACCCUUUUCACAACUUUCCGUCCCUCCCCACUUCCAGGGAUGAGCUAGUUAAGGAAUGUUUACAGCAGGGUACCAAGUUAGUUCAAGCAGUUGCAGAUCGUCUUUUUAGCUUACCUUCAACUGAAGAUGUAGAUGGGCCGCUUGUUAAGCUGCCUCCCCCAACAACAAAACUUCCAAGGGAGAAGCAUCUUCCAAAGCCUAAACCUCCUACAAAAUGGGAGGAGUUUGCUAAAAAGAAAGGUAUAAAGAAACGUAAAAAGGACAAAGUUGUAUGGGAUGAACAGACUGGCACAUGGAAACGUCACUUCGGUUAUGAUCGUGUCGAUGAUGAUAAAGACAUACCCAUCAUUGAGGCCAAGAUGACUGAUGAGCCAGGAGAGGAUCCUUUUGCUAAAAGACAAGAUGAUAAGAAGAAACGAGUUGAGAAGCAAGAGAAGAAUCGCCUGCAGAACUUGAAACAAGCUGCAAAAGUUGGUGCUUUGCCAAGCCAUGUUCAGCUUGCUGCAACAGCUCUGCCCAUAACAGGAACCCAGGCUCCACCUAAGAAAUUUACGAAAGAUGAAUUGGGGAAUGUAGCUGGGAUGGCUGCUACUUCUACAGCCAGUGGGGGGAAAUUUGAUAGGAAGUUGGCAGGGGAAAAGUCUGCUAAAAAGCAAGGAAAGCAUCGCAAGUUCUUACCAGUUGUUGAAGGAUCAGGGAUAGGCUCGCAGGAGAGGGAGCAAACUGAGAAUGUUCUCAAUAAGCUAAUCUCUAAGCAUUCGCAUGAGAUACUCAAUGUUGACAAGGCUGUUACCAUGUAUAAUGUGAAGAAAGAGAAGAAAGCAAGGAAUAGAAAGAAUCAAGAAGGGAAGUCCUCAUCAGCCUCAUACAAGUUGAAACCAAAAAAGCAACAUCAUAAGAAGACCGCUAAGAAAGGACCGGGAUCUUCAAAAAAAGGAAAGGCAAAAUGAAAUUAUUAAUUGCUCAUCAUUUAAGUAAGCGUGUAGAGAUUUGGGUUAGAUAUAAUCACAAUUUUGUUUACUGGGAACAAGAGAGUUAUAUGUACCAAAUCUUCUAUUUCUUAAGACAGAUUUAAAUUCUACAGUAUUGAUUCUGCUGGCCUCUCCCUUUCUCUUCUUAGCCUCAUGGUGAAUGACUACUAGCAAUCUCAAGGCUAAGAAAAAUUUGCAACAAACUUCGAAAUUUACCUUAGCAGGACUAGUCAUCGAUGGUGAUGCUGCAAUUGCUUUUAACCCAUGUGGCUCAAAACUCUUUGAGAUCUGCUUACUGGGGCUUAAGGGGUCCCCUCGAGCCUCUCAGGAAAAGUGUCAAAUUUAUCUGAAUCUUGUGGAAAGAAAUGCAGUAUCUCUUGUUCUGAGAAUAGACGAAAAAUAUAGGCAAAGAAUCGGACAUUUCGAGUGACGCCCCUGACGUAAACGAUUGGUGCAAAGUUGCAAACACGAUAAUUUUAUUCCAAACACAGUUAAUAUUUUUUUGUGAUGUCUUUGUGUCACAUGCUUUGAUUUUAAAUCAAACUUCAUAAGAAACGAAGCACGGAAAAGUUUGUCUCCGGAAUCACGCGAGCCUAAAACUUGAAUUUCGACCCGUAACCUUUUUCGGAACAAU